AUGAGCGGACCAUUACCAGCGAAUGACUUCCCUGUCCUGGCUCUAGCCAACCCUUCAGCCUCUUUGCCAGCCGGUCAGCCAAUUGUGGGAAACCUGUACCACGGUCCAAUGUUAUUGGCACAAACAGAGGUCAUAUUUGAUCCCAGUACCCCUCCUCCUUUUGCCGAUCGAGCGCAGAUGCAGACCCCUCGACGACAUGGUGUUUUGAAGAUCACAAAUAUCCCUUACACGAUCAGCAUCCCAGAGAUGCACCAGUUCAUUGGAAAGUACUUGCCCAUGAGCCAUUUGAUCGAUGCCCACAUUCUCGGCUACCCCACCCACAUUAUCAUGGAAAGAUCAACGGGUAAAACCAUGGACUGCUACAUGGAAAUCAAGUCGCCCGAGAUGGCCGCGGCAGACUGGGAACAUGCCUUUGGAACAAAGCAGAUGCGAAUCCCCAAGAUCGGCCAACGCAAUGUUGAAGUCAGCCUUAGCAGUCACGCAGAACUCAUGAAGGACAUCUUUCCCCGGGCGAAGUGCAUCGUGUGGGAUGACGAUGAAAAUGGCAGUCCGAAGCUCAUUCCGAAUCGUGAUAUAUACUCAUCCGGUUUCAACGGCUUCAUCACCACCGAGGAACUCACGUGUAUGGCUCGUCAUGCUGAGUACCCGCAACGCUCGCAGUUCGCUGCUCGAAGUAUGCAUCGUGCGUAUGAGUGCAUGAUUUCCACAACCUACAAGUUCCCAUGGUACGCUGCAACGCUGUACACAAUGCGCCACGUCCAGGAGAUCUUCAAGACAUACAAGAGACAACUCGACCACCUGAUCGGGCGACUGACUUCACCGGGCAUGCAACGUGAAGUUGGGCUCGACAACAAAUUGCUCAUGGAUUUGAUCUUUGCUGGGCUCAACACUCCUGGGUUCUCAGAACGUCAGAAGGGCCUCAUUGCCGAUACCUGCAUCGUUCUUGGUACUGGCUUUCCAGUCUCCAAGCAUGCGCGCACUUGGCCUUUCCAGACUCUUUCCGUCCAUCCCCAUCAGCUCUCGGAACAAGAUGUCGCCAUGUGGCUGGACGUUUUCAGCAUCGGCGUGGCUGUCAUUGAGUCUCAGAAUCGCCCGUUCAUUGGCAUCUCUUCCUUUCUUCGGGUCAUUCGCGACAGCAAUGCUCAUAUCCUCUUCGUGCCGACCGAAGAAGGCCUUGACUUGAAGAGAGCUCAGUUCGCCAUUCUGGAGCUGAAAAUGCUGAGCACUAUCAUGGAAUACGGCUGGAAUGUCUAUCUUCCGCAGAUGGGCAUUGACCCUACGACUUUGUUCGAUUCUCCGACCACUCAGGCGAUCAAGAACAGCUUGGUCGAAGACAACGCUCCCGUCGGUCCUGUUACUCCCCCUGCCUUUGUAGGCAAUAGCACGACUCUCACGGAGACUGGCGCGUACGUCGUCGACGACAGCGGUCAUCGUGAGCCCGCCACCGACAAUGUUGCCUCCGACAAUAUUGAAGAUGACUUUGAGUUUAUUCAAGCCGGAGCCACGGGUGUGAGCAGCGACUCUUUCAACGACCCUGAGCAAGCACUCGCUGCAAUGCGCCAAGUUGUUGACGAAGUCCGGGAAGCUCCGCCGGCGGAGCAAGACAGCCAUGCCAACCUUGGUCGUGCCGACUUCAGCCCGGAAGCCAAUGGUUCUGGUGCUGGCCAAAACGAGAUAGUUGCGGGCAAUGUCAACGACGCUCCUGUCGCUCGCUAUGUGCCGCCAGCUCGACGCACUAGCAACUACGGUGCCGUUCUGCUUGCGCCCACUCUGCCUCCACCCAACUUGAAUCCGGAGUCUCCACCGUUUGAACCGACUCGUGCUUACACAUAUCCACUUGGACAUGCUCCAUACCUUCCUGUGGCAACGGCUUUCGCCGGACCCGGCCUCGGUAACGGUGACUUUACGACGUCUCCAGCACGCAUCAGCACUCGACGAGUUCCAAGCAUCCACAGCCACGAUGGUGGUGAUAAGGGUAAAGGAAAAGAAUCAGCUCUCAGCUCUCCUGCUGCUCGUGUUCGCCUCCAACCUGCUCCGUUCCUAGGACAAUCCGCCCCAAUCCUCGGUGCCGCCUCCGGUUUCUCUGCCGGCCAGGGACAAGUAUUUCCACAGGGUCAGAUCUUGACUUAUGGUCAGCCGCAGGGCAUGACUUAUGGUCAACCACAGGGCCCGACAGCUCAGUAUCUGCAGGGCCUGGCCGCCAACGCCGCCCAGCGUCAUGGUAUUGAAAUGCGUGAUCCCAACAAUGGCAAUCUUUUCAGCACCUUGCGUCCAGCUGCACCCAUCGGAUCCACCACUGGUAAUGUCACUGCAGGCAUUGGCAAUGGAUCGAUCCCACCAGGCACGGGUCCUCCUCUGUACCUCCCACGCACCCGUCCUGGCCCCACUGUUGUCCCAAACCACGGCACAGACGGCACAGGUCGUACCUUUGACGACACGCUGGACGACUGGUUCGCGGAAUCCACCGAUGAACCUACCCGCAUGGCCAUCCUCGCAGGAAUGAACAUGCGCACCGCCUCAGCGAGUACCCUGGUCCCGCCGACCACCCCUCCUCCAGCAUAUGCCAUUCCCAACGCGCGACUUCGCCGUUCUCCGGGCCGUGAGCACCUGCACACCACCUACGAGUUCGACCAGGAUCUGCACAUGAGUCAGGCGGAGGGAAUGCCAUUCGGUCGCGUAGGCCCUUCGGUGCCUACCACCUUUGCUCGUCCCUUCGGCUCGUACACCAGCGCACCAAGCACACCGGCUCGCGGCGCCCUGCGCUCUCCGAUCCGGAACGUCCCUCGUACGCCUGGGUCUGGGCCAUUACGCGGCGCAGCUUCCUCGGAAGAUCCAGACACCUCAGGCGGCGUGCGCGACCCUGGCUCUCUCAUGCGAAACAGCUGGACCAUUAGGUCUCCUGUCGACAACAUCCGCUACCGUAAUGUCGGGGUCAUCGGUGAUGGGUCGCCUCUUCGACGCGUCAAUGCUGCCGCUGCUGCUGGAAGAGCAGGUCCUCUGGGUACUACUGCUGCUACGGCUUCGACUGCAUCAUCUCCUGCUCCGAUGUCAUCCCAGCCGUCGUUGCCGCAGCUCUACACGACCACGGAGACGACCGCGCAAGAACAUGCACGUCGCGUCGCGAUGCACCGUGAACGCAUGCUCCGCCAAUACAUCAUUGACGAGGAGGAAGAUAGUGAUUGA